CCUAAUUGCAUCGUUUUCAUUCAUUUGAAAGGAAAGAUGGGUUAUAGAAUGGUAGUUAUGUACAUGGAGAUUGGCUGCUUCGUGGUGUGCGUUUCCGGUUGGAUUUUGGUGUGCUCCACUAUGCCUACGGAGAUCUGGACCUGGUCUGAGGUGGGAAGCAUAGUCCUGACCACCUCCAACUACUUCUCCAACUUGUGGAAGGAUUGCGUGUCCGAUUCUACCGGCGUGUCCGACUGCAAGGGGAUCCCGUCCUUGCUUGCACUCAAUUGGGACAUCCAUAUGUGCCGCGCCCUCAUCAUCACUGCUAUCAUUCUGGCUUUCUUCGGUUCCAUUCUGGUCAUGGUGGGAAUGAAGUGUACUAAAAUUGGCGGCUCAGAGCUGGCCAAAGCAAGAGUGACUUUUGCCGGGGGGAUGAAUUACCUCUUUGCCGGGUUGUGCUCUAUGACUGCUUUCUCUUAUUACGGCAACAAAAUAAGAGCAGAAUUCCAGGACCCCAAUUACAAAGAACAAAAGUUUGAAAUCGGUGUUGGCGUGUUUAUCGGCUGGGGAGGCUCCACGUUACUGGUGGUCGGAGGUUUAAUUUAUAGUAUCUUUGCAGGGAGGGAAGGCUGCCAAUCAAGUUACGAAAGAGACCCUGCCUACAUAUUCCCUGAUCCCUACAUAGCCGUGCCUACGAAGAAAGCGGCGCUCACAAACACGAGCGGGAGUAAGAAAGCACCAAGCAGUCGUGCUAGUAGGAGUAUCAGUAGGAGUAGUCAAAGUCGGAGUGGAGCCAGCAGCAGCAGCAGUAGUAGUAGUAGUGGUCUCUCUGGAGUGACCAGCAGCACUGGCACAUCUCCAUCAAAUGCAUACGUUUGA